CGGGCACUGGAAGAAGGGAGUCGAAGGGGACAGUGAGUGAGCCCAUGCAUGCCUGUAAACCAUCAUGAACUGCAGAACAAUCUUAAUCGUCGGGCUUUUGGUGCUCGCAGUGACGAACGGGAGUCGAGCUCAAUCCUUCGGCGAGCAGUUCGACGGCUUCAAGGACCAGGUCGGAGGCUUCUUCUCCAACGCCGGCGGAGAGAUAAAGGGAUUCUUCCAAGACGUCGCCCAAAAGUCCAAAGCCUUCAAGGAUGACCUGCUGGAGAAGAUAAAGGCGAAUCUCCCGGACAAGAUCAAGCAGAUGCUCAACUCCGGGAACUACUCCGACAUCAACGUGGCGGAGUUCCUGGCAGAUACUCCUCCUCGGGCCUGGCACGCGCUCAAGCUCGAGCAACUGCCUACGAUGGGCAAGGCGAAGAUGACGGAGCUGCUGCAGAGCGGGAGGGACAAGAUCCCGAAGCGCGUGUAACGAUCAGCUGCAGAGACAUGAA